AAAAAAAAAAGCGGACUAGGUGAGCUAGCUGAUAAUCCCCACAGCGUUUUGAUAAAUUGAUAUAGGUCAUCUCUGAUUGGCUCAAUUCACAAUAGGAUUCGGAUUACCGUACCCUCCGCUGACCGCUAGCUCCCUAAAAUUUCUAGGGGACAGAAGCGAUUCGAACUUUAAGAAGAUUGGAAUCAAAUCACCAAUGCAAUUUACUAGCUCCAUCUCACUUUCUUAUCCUCCUUAACCCCAACUGUCCUCUUUACUCCUCCUCAACUCCCGAUCAAUCUCCGUGCCGGUUGUACUUGUGUCCGAAUCCAUUACCUGUACAUCUUUAUUGUUUUCGAGCGAUCGAUUCCCUUAGAUUUGUUUCCAGAAAAUAACAAUCAAGUCAGCAAAAUGGCAGAGUUGAAGGAGCUCACCUAUCAGGAUGUUGCUGAGCACAACACCAAGAAAGAUCUUUAUAUCGUAGUGCACGAUAAGAUCUACGACUCUACCAAGUUCAUUGAUGAGCAUCCUGGUGGUGAAGAGGUCCUUUUAGAUGUUGGCGGCCAAGACGCGACGGAGGCUUUCGAAGAUGUCGGCCACAGUGACGAAGCCCGAGAAACCCUAGAGCAACUCCUUGUCGGUACCCUAAAGCGAAAGCCCGGUGACCCUCACCCCAAGGCUCAACAGCCUUCCCUCGCCCCGGCUGCCAACACAAGCUCGGCCGGUUACGGAACUGCCCUCUACGCCGUCGUCUUCAUCGGUGGAUUGGUCGCUUUCGGUGCAUACCAAUACUUACAGGCCCAAGAAGGGCAGGAGGCCUAAAGGUUCGAUGCUUUUUUUUGGAGGGGAACGAGGUUGUUCGGAGGAGUAAGGAGUGUGUACAAGUAUGUCGAGCAAAGAGUUGAUGGAUAUCUUCGCGAUAGUAUAUCUGUCCUCGAUGCUUAAUAGACCUGGUUUGGUUCUUACGUAUUUCUCAGUGGUGUCUUAUCAGGCUGUUUGGUUUAUGACUACCAGGAGUCAGAUGAGCAUAUGAUUGUUUUACUGGCAGAGUUGAUUAACUAAAGAGCCCUAGAGGGAAUGGACGGCGGUUACUUUAAGUACAGGCAUUUUUAAUAAACCCGAUGAACAAUACCUAUUGAUUGGAAAAUAGUAAUAUCUUGUCAUCCGGUGUUAGAUGAAUUCAACAUUUACCGACAUCCAGUGAUGUACUAGGGAUUGCAUAUCAUA